UUUCCAAGGAAGAGGAAAGAACAACUUGGAAACACACAGACCCAACCACCCAGCCACAAUACCAAAAAGCCUCUCUCUCUCUCUCUCUCUUCUUUAUUACCUCUGUCUGAAAAAACCGUCAUCAACCACACUCUCUCUUUCUAUUCAUUUUCUUCUUGUUUCCCUAUGCAAAUUUAUAUAUAUGAAUAAUAAUUGAUUUAUACGUUUAAACCAUAUUUGCUUGAAAAGUUCAAAGACAUAUAUGAUCUCGAUCCUUUGAAUAUAAUGGAACAGCUUGUUAACUUCAUCAUUCGUCCACCAAGAGCUGAAUAUGACCCGAAAAGUGAUUUAUUAGAUCAAGAGUUCAUGUUGAGAGGGAAGUGGUAUCAGCGGAAGGAUGUAGAGAUAAAAAACAGUAGGGGUGAUGCUCUUCAAUGCAGCCAUUACAUUCCUAUUGUCAGCCCUGAAGGAAAGCCUCUUCCUUGUGUAAUAUAUUGUCAUGGAAACAGGUAUCUGUGGCAUAAAGCAAAAGACUAAGGACGGGACGGGUCUGGAACUGGGACAGUGAGUCAAUCCAGAAGCCGGAAAGCCGCUGGAUGUGGCUGUUGCCAGCAGCCUCGGGAGAUUAUGCCCGCAAUGGAGGUGGUUUUGCCGGAAAAGUUUUCUGAAAUUUUUUCAGGUGGCGACAGUGGAAGGAAAUAGGAACGCAUUGGAAUAUGGCGAAUAACAGUCGAGAGCAAAAAUCGGAAAGAGAACAUGGUUUUUAGUAUUGCCUCUCUUUAGACUCUAGAUACCAUGUUGAAUGAGAGAAAAAGAGAAAGACACAUGUGGAUGUAGGGCUGAUGCCAGUGAAGCUGCUAUAAUUUUACUUCCUUCAAAUAUUACGGUUUUCACUCUGGAUUUCUCGGGAUCUGGACUCUCUGGAGGGGACCAUGUCACUCUAGGCUGGAAUGAAAAAGAUGAUCUGACGGCUGUGGUCAACUAUCUGAGGAAUGAUGGAAAUGUCUCUUUAAUUGGCUUGUGGGGCCGCUCAAUGGGAGCUGUAACCUGCCUUAUGUAUGGAGCUGAGGAUCCUUCAAUUGCAGGGAUGGUUUUAGACAGCCCCUUCUCUGAUUUGGUUGAUUUAAUGAUGGAACUUGUAGAUACAUAUAAAGUCCGUCUGCCAAAGUUCACUGUGAAGUUUGCAAUUCAGUACAUGCGAAGAGCAAUCCAAAAGAAGGCAAAAUUUGACAUAACGGACCUCAAUACCAUUAAAGUAGCAAAAUCUUGUUUUGUUCCAGCUCUACUAGGGCAUGCCAUUGACGACGAUUUUAUACACCCGCAUCACUCCGAUCGUAUAUUUGAGGCUUACAUGGGAGACAAAAACAUAAUUAAAUUUGAGGGAGAUCACAAUUCCCCACGUCCUCAGUUUUACUUCGAUUCCAUAAACAUCUUUUUUCACAAUGUUUUGCAACCUCCCGAGGACGAGGUUGGGGAAUCAUUUUUUGACCCCGUGAAUGAUUACUUUGGUAAGGAUGCAUGGAGAUCUGUGCAUGAAUUAGGCUACAACAAUGAAUCAUCAUCUAAAAACAAAGAUGCAGAAUCAUCAACUAGCAGUACUGUUGAUGCUAUUGAGCAAGUCCGUUCAAGACGACCGAUGAGUAGGAUGGAGGUUCCAUCUGAUAUUUCUUCAAAAGAUGAACAGUGUGUAAAGGAGGAAAAGAAGUGCGGUGAUACUUCCCCAUCGUCUUCAUCCAUGAUAAGCUUUGAGUUGUCAGAUGGCCAUCUCUAUGGUCCCCAUGUUCCUUCCGUGUUGGAGGAUGAUCAGUAUGUAGAGUAUCAACUUCAAGACCUUGCAGGUUUUCCAUCUAGUGCAGAGGAGGAAGAAAGAAUGCUUAUGGAAGCAGUAAUGGAGUCACUGAAGGACCUGAAAGUACAAAAUCCGAAGGCAGAACAACCACCUGCCAGUAGUGUUGCUAAUGUAUCUGUAGAGCCAUCAGAUAAAGAUGAAUCACAUGCUUCUUCACAGGUGAUUUGUAGACCUAUGAAGAAAGAACCUUCUCCAGUCAAACACAGCAUAGAUUCAAAAUCUAAAACCAUUUCCACUGCACCGCAAGAAUUUGUACCGUUGAAAGCUGAGCCACAUACCAUUUCAGGGAAUCAUCCCCAAAGUUUGACUUCCAAGCCAAGUCCAGUCGGGGGAAUGCAGCCUCCACUGCAGGACAACACAUUAUCGGUAACCCUAACCGAGUCUAGCAAUACAAGUGGUUCAGCUCGCAGUGAUAGUUCUGCUAGUUUACAAAGUUCAUCCAACACUGACAUAUCGCAUAAUACGAGAGCCACAGUAACUGUUGUCAGGAAUCCUGCUGGCCAUGUCAUGGAUGGCUUAAUGCGUCGUUGGGAUUUCAACUUUUUCAAAAAUAGUAACAGCCGGUGAGACUUAGAGGUUCCCUUUUAUUCAUGGUUGGUUAUACAUUGUACUAUUUGUAACUAAAGAAGAAAAAAUCAUAGUUUGUAUCAAAGAAAUAGGUUUCUCGUGUGUAAAUUUAGUAAUGUUCAGUUUCUCAUCUAACAAACCAUCCAAUAUUCCUUGGUUGUAAGUGAGGAUGCAAAUAUGUUAUUUCGAUUUUGUGAAUUUAAAUGGGGAACAAUCUUUUUCCAGUAUUGCAGGCACAUUUUGUUAACUAAAGACUGGGGUAGUUGGUUGUAUUCACUCGUUUUAUCUAUUGGUGUACACACCUUGGAA